AUGACGGAUGAUGCUGUCAGUAUCGAGAGUGGCACAAACACAGAACGCCCCGACACACCUACAAAUACACCCAACGCGCCCGGGAGGAAAAGCUGGGGGAAGGGAAAAUGGAAGUCGAAGAAAUGCAAAUACUCUUUCAAGUGUGUGAACAGCCUCAAGGAGGAUCAUAACCAGCCAUUGUUUGGAGUUCAGUUUAAUUGGCACAGUAAGGAAGGGGAUCCUCUGGUGUUCGCGACCGUGGGAAGCAACAGAGUGACCUUAUAUGAAUGCCAUUCGCAAGGGGAAAUCCGGUUAUUGCAGUCCUAUGUAGAUGCUGAUGCAGAUGAAAAUUUUUAUACUUGUGCAUGGACGUACGAUAGCAACACCAGCCACCCUCUGCUUGCUGUUGCUGGCUCUAGAGGCAUAAUAAGGAUAAUUAACCCCAUAACCAUGCAGUGUAUAAAGCACUAUGUUGGCCAUGGAAAUGCUAUCAAUGAGCUGAAAUUCCACCCACGAGACCCAAAUCUUCUCCUGUCAGUAAGUAAAGAUCAUGCUUUACGAUUAUGGAAUAUCCAAACGGACACACUUGUGGCAAUAUUCGGAGGUGUGGAAGGACACAGAGAUGAAGUUCUGAGUGCUGAUUAUGAUCUUUUGGGUGAAAAAAUAAUGUCCUGUGGUAUGGAUCACUCCCUCAAACUUUGGAGAAUCAACUCGAAGAGAAUGAUGAAUGCAAUCAAGGAUUCUUAUGAUUAUAACCCAAACAAAACUAACAGGCCAUUUAUUUCCCAGAAAAUCCACUUUCCUGACUUUUCUACCAGAGACAUACAUAGGAAUUAUGUUGAUUGUGUGCGAUGGUUAGGCGAUUUGAUACUUUCCAAGUCUUGUGAAAAUGCCAUUGUAUGCUGGAAACCUGGCAAAAUGGAGGAUGAUAUAGAUAAGAUCAAACCCAGUGAGUCUAAUGUGACCAUUCUCGGGCGCUUUGAUUACAGCCAGUGUGACAUUUGGUACAUGAGGUUUUCUAUGGAUUUCUGGCAAAAGAUGCUUGCAUUGGGCAAUCAGGUUGGCAAACUUUAUGUUUGGGAUUUAGAAGUAGAAGAUCCUCAUAAAGCCAAGUGUACGACACUGACUCACCAUAAAUGUGGGGCUGCGAUCCGACAGACCAGCUUUAGCAGGGAUAGCAGCAUCCUCAUAGCUGUGUGUGAUGAUGCCAGCAUUUGGCGUUGGGAUCGACUUCGAUAAACUAUUUUUUCCUGGAAAACUAGAAUAUGUUGUCUUUGUAAAAUAGAAUUACUGUAUCUUGCUAGCAAGGGCAAUAGAGCAUUUAGACUUGUUUUUCAGCAUUCAAUCGGGCUGAGCUGAAUGUAGUGAUGUGUACCUUGUUUACAUUCUUUGUACUGUCUUCCUGCUCAGACUUUACGGCUUUUAAUAAAAAUUUAUUUUUGUAAA